AGAAAGCCUUUUUGUGGAAAUCUGCAGACUCCAUCCAUUCCUGAGGAAUUGGCAAGCCUUUUGGUGGAAAAGUUCAAUGCGCGGUUCGGAUACGGGUGGGCUAGUAAACGAACACUGCCCCUUUUGCCCUAUUGAGCACCAUGAUGCGGAAACGUGGUAGCUUCCACACCUAAUCUAAACCCCUGCGUCUCCCUUGUCCCUCUCUGGUUCAAGAAAAAAUGGCUCAACUAAACCAGUCGAUUCAGAAACGAAAAAGAACCAGAUUUUCUCGUACAACUCAAACAUCCGUAGGUGUUGAUUUGGCACUCGAUUAGUAUCUUUAUAUGGAUAGAGAAAGUGGUCAACAAGCAUCCCAAAUCUUUGCGCACUUUGGCAGUUUCCUGCGAAAAUGCAUAUUCCAGAUUCUGUCUGUCGGUCCAGUCCCUAGCCACAUUGCCUUUGUCAUGGAUGGGAAUCGAAGGUAUGCGAAGAAGAAGAAUUUGGUUGAAGGCGCUGGCCACAAGAUUGGGUUUUUGGCUCUUAUGUCUAUGCUCCAAUACUGUUAUGAGUUGGACGUCAAAUACGUAACCAUUUAUGCUUUCAGCAUUGAUAAUUUCAAAAGACAUCCGGAAGAAGUACAAUCUAUCAUGGAGUUGAUAGAGCAAAAGAUUGAGGGGUUAAUUAAAGAAGAGAGCAUAGUGAACCGCUAUGGCAUUAGGGUUUACUUUGUUGGAAACCUUAAACUCUUGAAUAAAUCUGUGAGGUUGGCGGCUGAGAGGGCUAUGGCGGCCACUGCUGGUAACUCCAAAGCAAUUUUGUCCAUCUGUGUUGCCUACACUUCCACUGAUGAGAUUGUGCAUGCAGUUCAAGAAUCUUGUGAACAAAAAUGGGAUGAUAUCAAAGUACUUGAAGCAAGUGGCACGGGAUACGAUAUAAUUGGACUUGGAGUGAAUGAGAUGAACCAUGAAGUGGAUGCUAUUACUGUGUUAAAUAUUGAGAAGCAUAUGUAUAUGGCAGUUGCACCGGAUCCUGAUAUCUUGAUUCGUACUUCUGGUGAGACUCGUUUAAGCAAUUUUCUCUUAUGGCAGAGUGCUUAUUCCCUUUUAUAUUCUCCAUCUGUGCUUUGGCCGGAGAUUGGUUUCUGGCAUUUGUUUUGGGCAGUUUUGGACUUCCAAAGGAACUUUUCUUAUUUGGAGGAGAGAAAGAAAAUCAUACGAAUUUCACAGGUUGAUAGACACUGCUCAACUUCUCGACCAUAAUGUGGUUGAUCUGGUUUUGAUGAUGGUAAUCCUGCUCCAUAUUUCGUAUUCACAACAGCAUCAGACACGGGUUUGGACUUAUUUCACACCCAUGCUCUUCGUGUGAGGCUGAGAAUUUAACAUCAAUGUUCGUACAUGGCUAUACAAUGUUUGAUUCUUUGCUGCAGAAGAAGUGAAAUGCUGUAGGAAUCCUAUUUCAAAAUAAACCUGGGUCUUUAAGUAAUAGACGGAGUGGAUGCACUGGGCCUGUUGUCUUUCCUAAGCUGAAAACACAACAUAUUGACUGAUUCGGCGGAAAGUUUCAAAAGGAGAGAUUAUUGUUCAGGUCCUUCGUGUUUUGAGGAAGCAAAUUUAUCGGAAACAGGUACAAGUGUUGUCUGUUACUCUGUUUAGUGCUGAUACAAAGUUGGGCCACGGCAACUGUUUCACUCUAUGCUUCAUGCGCGAAAACCUAAUGUGCCACUUAGACCAACAGUUCAACCAAGUAUUGCUGUAUCGAUGAUCUGUAUCUGAAAAUUGAUCCGUAUCUGAAUGUUUUGCAUGUAUGUUUCUCCUGCAUUGAUCCGUAUCUGCAAAAAUUGAAGGGCACCUCUCAACGUGUUUGGUAUUCUUGAUGAAAGACGAGGCUCUAUGGAUGCUUAGUGGUUUAGCCAUGGUUGCAUUACUGGUUUGCCUGGAGCAGCAGGGGAAGAAUGGGACUUGGUGUUCAAAGGUUCACUGCAUGCUGCAGCCAAAGAUGGGACUUGGUUUAGCCAUGGUUGUAUUUCUGGCUUUUAAGAGUGUCCAUUGAGUCGCCACUGUAAAUCCAUAUUGGAAGUGUCUGAGUAUGGGAUCUUAGUCUGUAACCUUUAAGUAUGAUCUCAGUUCUGAAAACAAAGCAACAGUAGAGUGUUGAUUUCUUUUUCUUUUUCCCUAUUUUUGGUCAGUGGUUUUACCAGGUUGUUGGUGUUAAAUAUGCUAUAUAUGAAGGAAUGGUAGGCAGAAGAAAACAAUGGGUUAAUUAGAUUCACAUUUUAUUGUUUGGAUUAAAGC